AUGGAUCAGUCAUUCCUCCUUAUGCUCUCAAACCUUCUUCACCUCCACAAUUCACUGGACCCCACCACCUCCCUCCUCUCCGACACCCUCUCCUCCACCACCACCGUCGCCGGAGCUUCCGUCGGAACCUCGUCCGCCUCCCCCACCUCCCUCCUGACCUCCUCUUCUGCCGCCCCUCUCCUCUUCUUCACCAUAGCCUCCGUCCUCUCCUACAUCGCCUCCUCCAAACCCUCCUCUUCCUCCUCUGCCGCCAACACCUCCACCCCUCCUCCUUCCUCUUCCUCCAAUGCCGUCGCCGCCUCAGAUUACUCCGUCUCCGCCUUCCGUGCUCUCUCCACCGAGCACAUCUGGUCCCUCGAAGCCCCUCUCCGCGACGCCCAGUGGCGAUCCCUCUACGGCCUGUCGUAUCCGGUCUUCACCACCGUCGUCGACAAGCUCAAACCCCUCAUCACCCCCUCAAAUUUGUCCCUUCCUUGCGACUACGCCGUAGCCAUGGUUCUCUCCCGCCUCGCCCACGGUUUCUCCGCCAAAACCCUCGCCACUCGAUACUCGCUUGAGCCCUACCUUAUCUCCAAGAUCACGAAUAUGGUCACCCGCCUCCUCGCAACGAGGCUCUACCCGGAAUUCAUCAAGAUUCCAGUCAGCCGUCGCCGGCUGAUCGAGACUACCCAAGCCUUUGAAGAGCUCACUUCCCUUCCCAACAUGUGCGGAGCCAUUGAUGGUAGCCCAAUUAAGCUCCACAAGCUUCAAAGGGACCAGAAGUUGGCCGGAAGUUACAAAUGCCGAUAUGGGUUCCCUUCUGUUCUCCUUCAGGUCGUCGCCGACCACAAGAAGAUCUUCUGGGAUGUAUGCGUAAAGGCACCUGGUGGCACCGAAGACGCCAACCAUUUCCGCGAUAGUCUUUUGUAUAAUCGGUUUACCUCCGGCGACAUCGUAUGGGAGAAAGUUUUCAAUGUCAGGGGUCACCAUGUCCGACCUUAUAUCGUUGGGGACUGGUGCUAUCCCAUGAUGUCUUUCUUGCUGACACCAUUUUCUCCCAAUGGGAUGGGCACGCCGGCACAGAACCUGUUCGAUGGAAUGCUGAUGAAGGGGAGGUCUGUGGUUGUUGAAGCUAUUGGACUGCUCAAGGGAAGGUGGAAGAUUCUUCAGGAUUUGAAUAUUGGUCUUAAUCAUGCUCCGCAAACUAUUGUUGCUUGCUGUGUGUUGCAUAAUUUGUGUCAAAUUGCGAGGGAGCCUGAGCCGGAGCUUUGGAAGGAGCCGGAUGAGAGUGGACCUCCACCAAGGUUGUUGGACAGCGAGAAGUCGUUUUAUUAUUUUGGAGAAAACUUGAGGCAGGCAUUGGCUGAGGAUUUGCACCAAAGACUUUCAUCAAGAUAGGAGAUGGUUCUUGAAAAUAAAAGGAAGUUUUUUUUUUUAACCCACUUUUUCCUUGUAAGGAUGUAAUUUCUUCUUCAUUUGGAUUGUUUUUCAUGUUUGUGUUAUUAGUAGGGAUUGAAUAGAUGUAAGGAGAAAAUGAAAUGACUGUCGCGUAGUCUAUGGGAUUGACUAACAUGGAUAUGGACUUUUGAGGCUGAGCUUUCAAUGGUAAAGGAGGAAAUGCAUAAUAUGUUGUAUUUUUCUCUUCUGUUUUCGUUAAUAAAUUUUGCAUAUUUCCACUUAA